AUGGCAUCCACCGGAUACUCUCCUCGCGGCCGUCCUCUUGCUGUCGCACUAGCCGGUGCUAUUACUCUCGCUGUCGGCGCUAUGGUGUUUGCCAAGUCGGAUUCCAAGAAAGACGUUCAGUCAGAUUCCAUGUAUCACCCUGCUGGAGCGGAAGGGACUCGUAUGACAGCCGAGGGCAAGACUGACGCUCGCUACGACUCGACGUCCAUCCGAGAGAAAGUUCACGAGCUUCCAGGGAAGCGUUAG